AUGGAUUCCGUCUUAAUCCAGAUCGUUAGAUUUAACAAUCCUGAAUUCAGCUCAAAAGCAACAGCAGAAAAGAUUGAUAUAAAGACAGUCAUUCUAUUUAUUUGUUUAUCUUUUGGAAUAAUGACAUUUUUGCUGAGAUUUCCUCCACCUGUUUCGCUUCAGAUAUGCACUACAAGUCCUCCAGAAAAUAACGUGAUGAAUGUGUUAUUAAGAACUGUAUUACCCGGAACACUGGUAGGAAUAUUUGUUGUUUCCGUGUCGCUGCUGUUGCUCUGUAUUGCUCGAAGGAUGGGCAAUCUGAUGUAAGUAGUUUGAAGGUUAUUUUUAUGUUUUGUUGUUUCUACCUGUUUUUUAUUUUAUUUUAUUUUAUUAACUGUCCAUAAUUAACUGUCCCUUUCAGUUUUAAUGGUCUUUUGUAUUUUUCAGACGCGUUGGAACGGAUAGAAACGAGGGGGCUCAAGGUCGGUCGAUGUAUUUUAAGCAGACUGUCGUUUAUCUAGAUAUUUUAGUUUCAACUUUGUGGUGAAUCACAUCAACCGCAAAUACAUCCUUUUGGAUGUUCGUUAAGGCCCCUUUCAAACGUCGUGCUACUGCCGUGCCGAUCUCAAUUGAUCGAAUUCAACUCUACUUUAGCACGGCAGUAGCGCGACGUUUGACACCAAGUAGUGCUACUGCUGUGCUGAACUAAAUUGAUAAAUUAUAAAUACAUUCGAAUACAUUUAAAAGUUUGCUAAACCGUUCCUUUAUUUUUGUGUUUUGUUUUCGGCAACAGCCGUUCUAUUCGACUGAAUUAAAUUCGACGUCUGAAACCAAGUCGUGCUAGUGUCGUGCUUCAGUCUAGCUACAGUCGAGCCAGCUUAGCACGGCAGUAGCACGACGUUUGAAACAGGCCCAACUUAUCAGAGAUUUGCUGAUCGAAAAACAUUGUUCGGCAAUUUAAACAUGAAAUCAACCAAGCAAAUAACUGCGUUUCUUAUAGAAGAGUAUCUUGUUUGCAUAGUAAUUUUUGUCUUUUCAUUGUCUAAGGAAGCUAUAAAAAUACCAACUCUGAUAUUGGAACCAUAAAUCGCUGAAAAUUUAUAUUUGACCUCAGUAUACCAGAUUCUUAUGAAAAGAUCAAAAAGUAUGGUUCAAUAAACAUAAAAAAAAAUCAAUUUCAAAUACCACGAUGUCUUCUUUGGGUAAAAUCAUAUCCUAACGAGCCAAAUUAACGUAAGACAUUACACUGAAUUUGCCUUCAUGUUAAUUACACCAUCAAAGGCGUGUAAAACAGUGAGACGAUUAAGACAUGAACGUCAUAUUUGAUAAUGACACCCCCUGUUUUGAAAUGUGUUAUGUUUAAGCGGUGUAAGUAAAUGACGUCUACUCAGGAUACAUUCGGCAAAAUUAACGAAGAUAAAAGAAUUAUUCUGUCAUUUGGCUUGUGCCUGUCUUUCUUAUAUUUCAGUUUCAGUUUUCCCGCGCAAAAAGCCGGUCACUUGCUCUAACUUAGAACAAGCUCGUUCCCAGGGUCCUCUCCUACCCGUCCCUGGGGAGUGAGAAGACCCUGGGAAAGAGGUUGAACUUAGAAUUCUGAUUGGUUCACUGAGUUACAGCAUCACUGACUUCUAUGAUUGGUCAAAUAUGGGUUACGAGCUGCUGACCAAACUAAAUUACUGCAACCAAUUGAACAUUGUUAUACUUAAUAAAAAUGAAAUUAUAUUUUUUCCUUUAUAUUUUUAGGAGAAGUGCAAUCUGUAAGUGAGGUUAGUUUUUUUGUUCAAUUGCCUUGUAAAUAGAGAAAAAAUUGAAAAUAAUAAUUGUACUUAAAGAUAGUUUUCAAUAGAAAAAACUGGUAGUACAGUCAGGGCUCUCUAAGACAGCACUUAGUGUCUAUCUUAGAGUAAUGUCCGGCUCAUGGACAGUCAAAUUAGGGAGCUUAAGCCAACGACGACUUCGACGGCAACGAGAACGGCAAAAAAGCGAUAGGUUUAGAUCAGCAAAACAACAACUUUGCACGUGCAUCAAGCUUAUUUGUACAUUUCUUUGCCGUCACGACUACAACGUGAAAGUGCCUAAUUUCUUGUUUUGUUGACGACGUGAACUCAAGACAACGACUUUCUUUUUCUUUUCCUGAACUUUGAUACAGUCUUUUAGAAUUCAACUCCACGAAAAUUUGACGAAUUGAAUGAGUUGGAAUAAGCGAGAUAAAUGUUUGAAGCAGCGCGAAUUCACUUUUCAAGUGACGUUUUUGUAGCUGUCGUCGUCAUUGUUGCUUAAGCUUCCUAUUAACGGAGUAAAGAAAGGCAGGGACCAACUCUAGGUGUCCGCCUUUUAGAGGUGUCCGUUAAAAAAUUUGACUAUAUUGAUUGGUCAAAUUAACAGUGCUUAAAAUGCAGAAACCAACUGUGUCACCCCGUGUAAGAUAAUUCAAGACAGUCUCGAAUUCUGAUCAUGAAUUCCAUACUGUGGAUUCCGGAUCACAGGCAAAGGAUUCUGGAUUCCUUGUGUUACAGUGGAACUUGGAUUCCAGAUUCCAUUCAAUAGCGGUAUUGCAAAUUCCUCGGCUGAAUUCUGGAUUCCAAAUCCCAGGAUUUUGGAUUUCGCAAGCAAAUAUUUCCUGGAUUCCAGAACGCCGUGAAAUACGUUUAUAGGAAAGCUGAAUCAAUUCCACAAGUACUCUUAGCAAUGGUCGAUUCUGUAUCAGCUCACAUCAUGCUUUAAUGUCAUUAAUAUCUGGUAGGACGCUACUGUUAAUGGAAGUGAGGAGGAAAACCUUUCUGUUUACGAAUUGGUUGAAAGAGGCAAUAACGCACAUCUGACGGAACUUCGACAGACAGGUAUACAUCAUCUUACUCUCUACUCCAAGGGAGCAAAAGAGGCGCAGUGGUGAGAGCACUCGCCUUUCACCAAUCUAUUCCGGAUUCAAAUCCCGACAUCGACCCUAUAUUAAGGUUGAGUUUGUUAUUAGUUCUCUCCCCUGCUCCGAGAGGUUUUUAUUCGGGUGCUUCGGUUUUCUCCUCUCCUCAAACACCAACAAUUCCAAAUUCCAAUUCGAACAGGAAUCAGGUAGACGAAGAAUCACUUAGUUUUUGCGCUUCAUCUUAAUCGUUAUUUAUUUGUUUUAAUCCAAACAACGACUAACAUGCUGGAGCGCUUGAAGUGUGAACCACUUCGUGACACAUAAUAAAUUAGUUCGUAGUGAAAGACCAUCACCGGGCGAUAACCUGCGAACAAGUUUUUCCGGGGGGUCAUGGUGUGUUCCCCUCUCCUAUAAAUCCUGAGAGAACUUGCUCGCAGACUAGGCGCUGGAAAUCUGUUCUUUUAAUGAUCGGGGUGGUGAAUAAAUUCAUAUUUUGAAUGCUCAAAUACUUUCAGCACUUUCAACGACUUUCAGUAAAGAAUCGAAUUUUUCCUCGCGAAAAAAGGUCUCAAAAAGCUAUUGCACUUUCUUAUAAACAAGGGAAAUUUGUGGAAACUCUGGACUCGGCACCAAAAAGGUGGAUUAGUGACAGUUUUUCAGUUUUUUGUAUGAAAGAGAAUCGUUAUCAACGGAAUAUAUCAUAUGCGUUUCAUUUAACUUAAGGGCCCUGGUUAUACUUACCAUUAAGUCAAAGUCUUUUAUUUGUUUACACAGUGACAAAUCCAAACUAUCAAAGAGAAGGAAACCUCGUUCUCCAAGAUUUUUCGCACGUUACCAGGCAAACAAAUGACAAUGAGAUUAUCUACGCUGAGCCCUUCGCGCCUUUGCCUGUUAAAAGUGGCAAUGAUACCAGCUUAACCAGUUUAACCGGCUCAGGUGUGGCAUCAUCACCGGAAACUACAUCCAAUAUAUAUCAGAGCCUUAUAGGAAAAAGCGCAGAAAGCGGUAAGACAAUUUAUACAAUUGAAACAACAUUUGUAAAUGCAAUUACAUAAAGUCAGUCUGUUAUUCGGUCAUAACUCAUUAUUGGACGGAAAUUAUUCUCUGCUAUCUCGGCAGCCUGAAAAGGCGAGAUAAAGGAAGAAAUUGGCCUCAUAUACAUCCCACUCGUUCCCCAUCCAUCCAUCCAUCCAUUCAUUCAUCCAUCCAUCCCUCUUUCCUUCCCCGGUGCAUCCGUGCGUUCGUGCGUCCGUCCGUCCAUCCAUCCAUUACGUUAAUACAUUCCUUUAUUUUAUCAAUGAAAUAUUUUUUUCUUUAAUUUGUUGUGCAAGAUCCAGCUGAAUGUUGUUUUCCUCUCUCUUUCAUCGAUUCAGUAUUAUAUGCAUCACGAUAUUCAGUGCCUGGGCAGCCUGGCCAAGGACCUUCUAACAAAUGCACGGACCAAGCCUUUCUAAAAGCACCCAGCAUGAGCGGAGAUUUACCGUGCAUCACAGAAGUCCUUUCAGAUACUGAACGAUAUUCAGAAACGCAGAAAUCUGAGCCUGUGCCUUUCUUUAACGGGCCGAGACAGGAAAGACUGAUAGGCACCAGUGUGGGCCACCAUUCAUCAACUAACGUGGAUGACCUUCCAAAUAUGGAACGGAAAGCCCGAUACAGAUUAAAAGAUGUUUUCGUUGAAGAUUUAGAGAUAGAAACGCGUGGAACGAAUGAUCCUUUUCAGGAGAUCUCCAUAUCUCCUUCAGUACUGCUGGGCGAUACGGCAGAGACAGAGAAAAGAGACAGUGAGAAUAUCCAGCGUGGUCACGUGAACGCUGUUAAGGAACAUUUUAAUGCGUUGGCUCAGCUGAGCCAGGGAACUCGUCCUCAAAAAAGGAAUACAGAAUCUAUAGAAAACGCUAAGUGUUUUAACGAUGUGGCGUCUUCAGAGAACAAAUUUAGUCCCCAAGAGAAACUGCAAGCAUUUUUUAAGAUGACACUCUAG